GCACUGUCUGAACUGAUGGGAACAUUUUUCUCUGUCUAUUUCCACCCCCGCCCCACCCCGUCUGUGUUUCUCCUCUCUCAGGUUUCGUUCAAUAACUUCCUGGCUCUGAAGGAGUUCUUCCGUCUGUUCCCUGAAUACAGCAAGAAUAGUUUCUACAUCACAGGGGAGAGUUACGGAGGGAUCUACGUGCCAACACUGGCAGAGCGUGUCAUGACUGAUCGCAGCAUCCGUUUUCAGGGAAUGGCUGUUGGAAAUGGAUUAUCCAGCUGGGAAUACAAUGACAACUCUUUGGUUUACUUUGCUUUCUACCACGGCCUGUUGAGAUCCACACUGUGGUCUGAUCUCCAGAAGUUCUGCUGUUCUGAAGGAAAAUGCAACUUCCAUGACAAUAAAGACAAGGACUGUCAGUUGAGGGUUAAAGAUGUGUCACGCAUCGUGUGGUACUCUGGUCUGAACGUGUACAAUUUGUAUGCUGAUUGUGUUGGAGGUGUGCCUGGUGAGAUUCAAUUUGAUGGGAAUCGCAAGCAGCUGGUCAUCAGUGACUUGGGAAACUUGUUCCCCAAAAAUGAAAUGAGUCUGUGGUGGCAGAAGAAACUGCAAGAUGUACAUCAGAGCCACAGAAAUGUUCGGCUUGACCCCCCAUGCACCAACACCACUGCCUGCAGCAACUACCUAAAUGACCCGGAGGUGCGGAAGGCUCUGCAUAUUCCUGCCUUUGUGCAGAAAUGGGAGAUGUGCAGCGCGGUAGUGAACCUGUUAUAUCGACGGCUGUACAGUGAUAUGAAGGAUCAGUACCUGAAACUGCUGUCUGCUGGGGUGACGGUGAACCGUCGGACCUGGCUGUAUAAUGAUGGGAAUGGUGAACAGGUGGGCGGAUUUGUCAAAGAGUUUGGCAACCUCACUUUCUUGACAAUAAAGGGAGCAGGUCACAUGGUGCCAACAGACAAACCUCUCGCUGCAUUUACGUUUUUCAGCCGUUUCCUUCAUAACGAGCCAUACUGAGACUGACACAAGAUGAACUGCACCAAGAAAUCUAAGGAUUGAGGUGAUGUUGCUGGACAAGUGCGCACCUAAAUAAAGGAAGAGUUUCAAGUUUGUUUUGAGGCAAUACUUUGAAGGAUUGAGAGUUGAUGUUGGAGAGCUGUGAGCGAUUCAUGAAACAUCACUUCCAAACUGAAAGGGUUAUUGCCUCCUGACACACUCUUAAACCAAGUCUUUUCUGUGUUUGAGACCUAUCUAUAAAUAUUAAAGUACUCCCUUUCAUUAUUGGCACACUCCUAAGGAUUCACUCCUGAGGCCCAGCCUCUUUGUAGUUAUUGGCAUGUCACUAUGGUUAGCUACCCAAAGUCGACGGGGUGGGCGGGUAACAGUGCUUCUGUUGUUUGUAAGGCACUGGAAAUAAUUAACUAGAAAAUCACAAAAUGGACAAUUUCUGAAAACUGACAAAUUCAUGGGUCCUGCACCUAGCUUGAAAAUUUAGUCGGGUUUUGAUUUUAACCCGGGGUAGUAUUAUGAAUGCUACCUGUUUAAGUAUGUUACAGGUGACAUUAGAAACACAAAUGAAAUUCUUCUAUCUUAAAAUGAUUCAGCAACUUUCUAGCAACAAAUAUUUGUCCAACAUAAGAAAUGAAAUGUUCGAAGGCUGAGCCUUAGGGAGAGUGUGCAACUUUAAAUUGUAUGUUCUGCCAUUUCUGACCUUUGCUGCUGUGCCACAUGUUGUUUACUGUGAUUUUAUUUCUCUUGUAAAUCUGGGGCAAUCAGACACAUGGAUUUUCUGAAGGGCCUAGGACCGAAUCGUCAGCUUUCCUGCUCCUCUGAUGCUGCUUGGCCUGCUGUGUUCAUCCAGCUCUACACCUUGUUAUCUCUCUUACCAUGGGAAAGUGUCCUGAGUACAGCCCCUGAACUGUCCAUCCUUCAUAUGCUACUGUGGUGUUGUCCCAGACCUUCUUGUUCACAGCAAAGCACCUUGUUAGACAGUUCUAGCAAUCUGUGGGUGAGAACUUCUAACUGUUUUUGAUGAGCAAUUGAUUGUACAUGUCUGAGGUUGAGCCACAGUGAUAUCAUUAAGCCAUCUAAACAGCACUUCGUUUUAAAGAUUCUCACAGGCAGAAAAUGAAAAUUGAUGAUCCAAUCACUGAGUUGGGGCAUGCAAACAAAAGUAAGAUAGGAAGUGGAGUAUCACGAACAAACUUUAAAAAUAGAUUAUUUUAAAUUUUAAACAAUGUUAUUAACAAUUAUGGAGGCAUUAAACAAUAUUCCACAAUCAUAAAAUUACUUGCUCAAAGCCAAAUCAAUUGUUCAGUAUUAAUUACUACUCGGAUCACUCUUGAAAACCCCUGUUACACCUUGGGGAAUCAGGCUUAACUUAAGGUUUUCAACAGUGAUGAGACUGGAAAUUCUCACCAACUCAAUUGAUUUCAUUGAUCACUGGCUCAGGUUAGCAGGUAAGACUUGGCCCAUUAUGUAAUAAAAACCGAAAGAACUGCAGAUGCUGUACGUCAGGAACAAAAACAAAGUUGCUAGAAAAGCUCAGCGGGUCUGGCAGCAUCUGUGAAGGAAGAAACAGUUAACAUUUCAGGUCUGGUGACCCUUCCUCAGAACUGGGGAAGGAUCACCUGACCCGAAAUGUUAACUCUGUUUUUUCAUUCACAGAUGCUGCCAGACCUGUAAAGCUUUUCCAGCAACUUUGUUUUGUUCUUGGUCCAUUAUGUGCCUCAUGACAGAGCUGUCAAUGACAGACCACAACAUCAGGAUUUCUGCAUUAAUUUGCAGUUGUGCUAAAUCCCCAGGUUGUCAGUUUCAAAGUGGCAAUGACAAUGAUUGCUAACAGUUCACCACCCAAAAAUCCCACUCAGUUUCUGGGCCAUUAGCUUUAUACCUUCUCCCUGCUAUUGUAAAGGGGGUUUUGGUGGAAAGUCUCUCUUUUAACCCGAAUAACUAUCAUGUUAUGUCGAAUGAAUCUAAGAGAAUAUUGCAAGCAGAUUCAAUAGUAACUUUAAAACAAAAUGGGAUAUAUAUUUGAUAAUCAAAAUCGAUGCAGAGUUUUGAGAAGAGUGGGGGAAUGAGACUUAGUGAAUUCAAAGAACCAACAUGAGCUUGAAGGGCUGAAUAGUUCUCUGUGCUAUGAAAACCAGCAUCUUUAUUACAGCAUCAGCCCCUCCAUUAAUAGGAUCCUAAGGCUCCACACACAUCUGCCAGCUCGCUGAUUAAUGAAGAUAGAAAGGUGAAGCAAGCACUGUCUUUACUGAAGAUUUUCCUCUAAAAUUUGCUCUUAGACUUGAAUUACUCUCUGCUGUAAUAAAUGCUGCCAAUCUGGCUUGGUCCCUUUUGUAUUCAGGCUAAUUAUGUACAAAGAAGAGCCCAGGAUAAAUGUUCAGACAUUCAGCUAUUGAGAAGAGUCACGCUCCCCUGCAAAGGCUAGUAGAGUUUCAGAUUGGUGAGCAGGAAAACUCACCAAAGUAGACAGUGUAAGGUUCAAUAUAUUUCUGGAUUGCUGGAUGGUAGAGAGAUUGGUUGAUUUUAGGCAAGGAAUAAAGAGGGAACAAAUUUGUUCCAUGUUAGCUUUAAGUGUUGUUGUGAAUUGGGCACAGAGUAGGGAUCAAGCUAUUUCUGCUGGUUGUCAUGGUGGUGGGGGGGGGGGUCAACAUUGUGUCUGUAGACAUUCCCUGAAGGUUAAAAUAAGGUGGCUUUGUCUUUUCUCUGGGUAAAGUCUGCCCACAUUGUCUGAUUUACUGUACAUUUUUGAUAUGUUAGUGUUGAUAAAAUUAAACUUCCAGAAAUUUUAAUAAAAUGUUCUUGAACUUUU